AUGAGUGGAAUGGCUAACACCACCGACUGGGUGUGGGAUAACAAAGUGAGGGUGACAGAAUCUGAGCUUCCCUCCAAAAGAACUAUGUUCAAUGUUGGAGGUGCCAUUCAUGAAGAGGCUAGGAAUAAAAUGCCGGUAUUUAGCAGUCUUCACUCAGCGAUAGCACACUUUCAAACGUGUAUUCAGUACAGUGAAAUGGCUUCGCAGCGAUUCGUUGACUCAGUAGCCUCAGUAAGUGGGGCUGGUCCUUCAGUGGAAUGCUGGAGGGAUGUCACAGGACAAGAAGAUCCUGUCCAGAAAAUCCUACAAACCUAUGAUGUAGACCUUUUCACAGGGGAAAUCCUGCAUACCUAUGAUAUAGACAUAUUCACAAUCAUGGAACGGCAAGUUGCAAGUGGAAUUCUAACUGGAAUAAAAGAAGGCCUCACAUUCCGAUCUAAUCAAGAGUAUGGGCUCGACGCAAGAUCACACAACGAUCUAAUCAAGAGCAUGGGCUCAACGCAAGACAUAUUCGGAAUAAUCAGAUUAAAUUCACAACUUGAUCUUCUUAACAUCUCACACAAAACUGUAGCAUUAGGAGACUUCAACGCCCACUCCACCAAAUGGGGCUACAAGGAUACAAACAUAGCUGGAAAGGAAAUUAAAGACAUGCUAAACAGCAACCCUCUGGAACUUAUUUUCAGCAAUGAGGAUCCGGCUACAUAUUUGCACUACAAUGGAACCAGAACAACUCCUGAUUUACUCUUGGCUUCAAGCGGCAUCAGUGAGCAUACACACCGCAAAAUAAUUGACGAUCCUGGUUCUGGUCACAAACCAGUCAUUGCUAGUAUUACCAUCGGCAGCAAAAGCAUGACAAGGAAAAUGCCAACUAAGCUAUCAUAG